UGGGGGGCCCUCAAGUGGCCGGGAAGCGAUGUUACAGUGUGAUCCCGACUAACGCGCGGUGAUCACAUCACACCACAGCAGUAACCGAACCUCGCCGCGGAUGCUGCACACAAUCCGCUGUUCCUCUUUGUAAGCAGGCUAAUGAAACAUUUCGACUCGGUGUGCACUGUUUCAUAUCGUGCCUUUGUGUGUUUCUCGCCGCCCCCUCGGGUCCACAACUUGGCCGCCCCCGACAGCAGGAGGCGGCGGGGGAGCCUCAGAGACUCUGCGAACUUGUGAAUCAAUUAUGCGUCAGCUCGCUCCUGAUUGGCCCAGCCCGGGAUAUUGUGAUGACAGAGCGCGGCGGGGUGGAGAAGACAUGACAAGCACGAAAAAAAUAACAAAACACCCCAGUGAUGGACUAACUGUUGGCAGGAUCGGACGAGGUGAAGUCAGUGCUUUGCUGAAAAACAAAAGAAAAAAAAAAAGUGGCGCUUCCCUGUGUUUCCUGAGGUGGAGAUAUCUGGCUGUUAGGUGGGGGAGAAUGUCCUGCAGGAGUGUGUGCUGUAACCGCUGGUCAUGUGAGGAGAGGUUGGAUGGGAAAACGGUCAUCAUCACCGGGGCCAACACCGGCAUCGGGAAGGAGACGGCCAGGGACCUGGCGAGAAGAGGAGCGCGCAUCGUGAUGGCGUGCAGGGACUUGGAGAGGGCAGAGGAGGCACGGACGGACAUUUUGGAAGACACAGGAAACGAGAACCUGGUCAUCAGGAAGCUGGAUCUGUCCGACACCAAGUCCAUCAGAGCGUUUGCCGAACUCAUCAACAAAGAGGAGAAGCAAGUGAAUAUCCUCAUAAACAAUGCGGGCAUCAUGAUGUGUCCCCACUCCAAGACUGUCGACGGCUUUGAAAUGCAGCUGGGAGUCAAUCAUUUGGGUCACUUCCUGUUAACUUACCUGCUGCUUGACCUCAUCAAGCGGUCGGCUCCCGCCCGUAUCAUCGUCGUGGCAUCGGUGGCGCACACCUGGACCGGGCUUCAUCUGGAUGACAUCAACAGCGAAAGGAGUUACGAUCCCAUGAAGGCCUACGGGCAGAGCAAGCUGGCUAAUGUCCUCUUUGCACGCUCCCUUGCCAAACGGUUACAAGGUACGGGGGUGAGCGUCUUCUCCCUGCACCCGGGGGUGGUGCAGUCCGACCUGUGGAGGCACCAGCACCAGUGCAUCCAGGUGGCCGUGAAGAUCUUCCGGAUUUUCACCAAGACAACAGUGGAGGGAGCGCAGACCACCAUCUACUGUGCUGUGGAGCCACAGCUGGACAGCCAGAGCGGCGGGUACUUCAGCGACUGCGCCGCCGCGAGGUGCUCCAGGGCCGCCUCCGACGACGACUCCGCCCAGAAACUGUGGGAGAUCAGCUGCAACCUGCUCGGCAUCACCUGGGAGUGAAGAGUGUGACCUGCACAGCGAAGGAUUCACAGAGGCACUGGUGUUGCUGUCACUGUUGCGAAAAAUGUGUAUUUUAUUAAUCAAAAUACAGUGUAGUCCAACUGUCACCUGAACACAACCGAGAGCUCCUUAAUUGUAUGGAUUAUCAAAUCAAAACACGCUGCAUUUUAGUGAGAUUGUAUUUUAAAAGAAAAGGUUCAAAAAGAUUCUGUUAAAGUGUCUUUUUUAACUGUAUUUUUGCUAACUGAUGUGGGUAUUUUAGUCAGGUUUGUAUCUAGUGCUCAGACGCCGUUCUAUCUUGUUAACUUGUAAAGACGUUAGCUGGCAUGGUCUCGCUUUGGAUGAAAAUGGCCUAGUUUGUGAAAGUCUCUCUUACGUGUCCCUUACAAACUGUCAGUUUUAGUGUGGCAGUGGAAUUUUUACGAGAGCCGCCUACAAACACAUUCAUAUUUGUAUGAAACACUAUACUUUGGGGGCACGCGCAGCACUGUGGUAGACAGUUAAAGCAUUAUAAUGAGGUCCUGUCUGCUUCUGGUAGCACUUGAUGUGUCACAUUGUCCAUUUAUUGAACAAUACAACGCGAGCCGCUGGUCUACUUUUUGUUGUCAUAGAGCUGUUUCAUUGCACAGCCUCUUGUCACGCAACCUUCAGUUUCAGAUGACUUCCUGUUCUUAUAUUUAACCUACAUUAGGAAUGUAAUCACAGUACGGUUACAGUGUGUCGGCAUGCUGAGGCUUUGGCCACCCUUUUUGAAGUGGGAUUCUGUUAAUGUGACAAAAAUGUAUAUACUGUAAAAAAAUUAAACCUGUUGGACUGGAUAACAUA